AUGCGACACCACACGCUUGCAGCUCUACUAGCUGGCGCAAGCGUUGCGUUUGCAGCUCACAAGCCAUUUAGCCUACAGGAUGAUGUGUUAGCUAACCCUCAGUUUGAAGUUAUCUUUCCUGACGAAUAUAUACUAGAGUCGGACGCACGACUACGGCUUGCAAAGGCUCAGUCAAAACAUAGUGAUGCUACAAAGACGCCUUCUCAGCCAUCAGAUGCACCAAGCAUCGUUUCCCAGGACGACAGGUCUGAUCUAUCGGAACAAGCACCGCUUCACGGCAGGUCAGAAGCCGAGGAUGAGGAAUUGAAGCAAGGCGGGGAUGAUAUAACAAUUGAUUCCUAUCAUGAGAUGGUUCUGGACGGCCAACGAUUUCUUUGCGGAAUUCCGAAUGUAUCACCUAUCGGAAAGGAGAAUACGUCUACUUCUACACCUAACCCGGAAGACGAGGCAGUUGAACUGGCAAGGGCAACCAACCGGGGUCUCGAGCUGCUUAGUGACCUGGAAGGCAAAUGCCUGUACUAUGCUGCUGGUUGGUGGUCAUAUUCUUUUUGUUACAUGAAGGAGGUACGGCAGUUUCAUGCACGUCUUCCCGGGCAAGGGGUGCCUGUCUAUCCGCCGGCCGAAGAUCCGGACUCUAAAACUUACGUCCUUGGAAGAUUCCAAAAGAACUCAGAACUUGGGCAGCCUACCGCGGCAUCUACUGAGGUGGCUGCUUUGCAAACUAAGGGGGAGUCGUGGUACUUGGUUCAAUAUCUUGAACGAGGCACUAUUUGUGAUUUGACAAGGAGGCCCCGCAAGAUUGAAGUGCAGUUUCACUGCCAUCCACAGUCUCCCGAGCAUAUUGCAUGGAUUAAGGAGGUUACAACGUGUUCUUAUGUCAUGAUGGUCUACACUCCACGACUAUGCAACGAUGUGGCCUUCCAGCCGCCGCGAGUGGAGAAGCCGAACAGUAUAAAGUGCCGGGAGAUAAUAUUGCCAGAGCACGUCUCCAUCUGGGAAGCGGCCUUGGCCUCCAAGCGUGCACAGGCUAAGAGAGAGCUGGUUGAAGGUACCGAUGAGCCCUUUGUCACGGUUGGAGACAUCCAAGUUGGUGCUAUGAAACUAGUUGGUAAGGACGGAAAACGAAUUGAAAAAGACCAGUUCGGAGUCGGUGGGGAGCCGAAGGUUAAGGUCGUGGCAAGGAGCGAAGGAGGAAAGGUGAAAAUUAUAUCAAAGGAAACACUGAAGAAGCACAAGGUGACAAAUGAGAAGUUCGAGAGACUGAAAGAGGAAUUGGACGAAGCUGCGGACGGUGAAGAUUGGCGAUUGGAAGAGAUCUCGACAAGCAGGGGAGAGGGACUACGGGCGAUUAUUGACGAUCCUUUUGAUGAUGUGGGGAGAGAGGAGGGAGAAGGAGAAGAAGGAGACGCAGAGCCCGAGACAGAGAACGAGGGCAAAGCGAACAAGGACAGCCCGAAGAAAGAGACUAAGCUCAAGGAUCGGCAGCAGCAGCAGCUGAAGGAGAAGAAGAGCACGAAGAAGCAACAGCCAAAGCCGAACAAAGUGCGGAUGCUGCGCAAACUCCAGGGGCGGGAAGCAUCAGAUGAAACUGCACCUGAAGCUGGCAGUGAUGAAACAUACAAAACCGAUAGCAAGGUGGCAAAGGAGAAGAGCGAGAAACCCCACAAGGCCGACAAGUCUGACAAGUCUGAUAAGGCGGAUAAGAAGGAGAAGGACGAGAAGGACGAGCUGUAG